UCCGCCGCCCAGUCAUGGUGCCUUUUCAGCCCAAGAACCACGCACAGUCACUCUCCUUCCUGCCAUGACGCGAGCGGCACAUCCUUCGCUCCUUCAGUCCUUCGCCGCGAGGAUCCCGAGGGCACCGACGGCACUCGCCCAAAAUGCCCAGCGGAAAAGGAGUUACGGGGCUUAUACGAGGCCAGACAGUGCCAUUAGGAGUGCCACGACGCAGGUGUCGAGGCUGGAGACUCUCAGGAAUUCAGAGCCGCUUCCCUUCUCUGCUUUCUUAACUGACACAUUUGGUCGACAACACACCUACCUCAGGAUUUCCCUCACAGAGAAAUGCAAUCUCCGUUGUCAAUAUUGUAUGCCAGAAGAAGGUGUAAGUCUGACCCCGAAAGAGAGGCUUUUAUCAGCGGAAGAGAUUCUGAGAAUUGCGAGAUUGUUUGUGUCUGAAGGAGUGGACAAAGUGAGAUUAACAGGGGGAGAACCUAUGAUCAGAAAAGAUUUAGAGUAUAUUGUAGAGUCAUUAGCAGAGCUCGGAGUUAAGCAGAUUGGCCUUACAACAAACGGUCUGUUAUUGAAAAGAAGAUUAGCAGAUCUACAGAAUGCCGGACUGACACACUUGAAUGUCUCGUUGGACACCUUGAUUCCACAAAAGUUCGAACUGAUCACCCGUCGCCGCGGCUGGGAAAGAGUCAUGGACGGCAUUGAUCUCGCUCUUGAUCUUGGGUUUUCUCCUGUUAAGGUAAACUGUGUGAUUAUGCGAGGGAAGAAUGAGGAGGAGUUGACAAACUUUGUGGAGCUCACAAGACAUAAAGAUAUUGACAUCCGGUUCAUCGAGUACAUGCCAUUUGAUGGUAACAAGUGGGUUGACAAGAAGAUGGUUAGUUACACUGAAAUGCUGGAAAAUAUUGCACAAAUACAUCCUAAUCUUGUCAAGAUAAAUGAUAAAGCUAAUGACACAUCAAAGGCCUAUAAAGUUCCAGGGUUUGUAGGUCAAAUUGGUUUCAUUACAUCCAUGUCAGAAAAUUUCUGCGGAACGUGUAAUAGACUGCGCAUCACAGCAGAUGGCAACCUAAAAGUGUGCCUGUUUGGUGCUUCAGAAGUAUCACUGAGGGAUUCAAUGCGUGGUGGAUGCACUGAUGAAGAGCUGUUGGAAGUUAUUGGGGCAGCUGUUGGCAGGAAGAAGAGGCAACAUGCUGGCAUGCAGAAUCUGGCCAAACUCAAGAAUCGUCCAAUGAUUUUAAUUGGUGAAGGAUAUUAUCCAUUAGGUGUUUUACUGCCUAUGCAUAAAAGUCCUUUGCUAUCAUCAAGACUGCUACAUACCUCCAUCAUACAUACUACUACUUCUAAAGAUGAAGAAAAUUCAAAACAGCAACACUCUCUUUCCUAUCCACUAGAUGACUUUUCUCACAUGAAAUACUGGGAACACAGUUCUAUAAAUGAUCUGAGGGAAAAUAACCUACAGCCUGUCCAAGAGAAUAUAUCAGAGGUAAAAGCACCGGAAGUUUUUGUUGAUCAGAGUGGAAAAUUCUGGAAUGAGUUCACAAAAAUUGAUGUAAAUGUAGAUAGGAAGAAAGGCAAAGAAAAUGGAGAAGAAUCUGAUUAUUGUCAGCCGGAAAUAGCAGAAGGAGGAAAGGAACAGGAGGAAAAAUUAAGUCAUGUUGAUAAAAAAGGAGAAGCACAGAUGGUAGAUGUAAGUUCCAAAAAUAUAAGCGUACGUCAGGCCACAGCAAGAGCAGAAGUUUAUCUUGGACCAAUAGCAUUCAGUUUAGUGAAGGAGAAUAAGAUGAAGAAAGGGGAUGUGCUUGGGGUAGCUCGCAUAGCUGGCAUUAUGGCUGCUAAGAAAACAUCAGAUUUGAUUCCCUUGUGUCAUCCAUUACCUCUGGAUCAUAUUGAGAUUUUAUUUGAUAUGCAGGAGAAAUUUGAGGAAGAAAUGUGUUAUAGAAUUGUAAUAGAUGCCAAAGCUACUACUUCUGGUCGCACUGGAGUAGAAAUGGAAGCUCUUACCGCAGCUACGGUUACAGCUCUCACUAUAUACGAUAUGUGCAAAGCAGUAUCUCAUGACAUCACUAUUUCAAAUGUCCAGUUAAUGUUUAAGACAGGUGGUAAGAGGGAGUUUGCAAGGAAAUCAUAAUAUGUUGUUAUUAAGUUUUAAAACCUUUUUUAGAUUUUAUGACAGCUGUGAUUUGUUACAUCAAUUUAUAUAUAAAGUAUAACAAGUAUUUUAGUAUUAUAUCAGUAGAAGAUUAAUAAUUGCUCACAGUGUAGAGUAGAUAUAAAUUAUUUUUGUUGAUAUGCAAAACAAAUGUGAUAUUCCCUAGAUUUUGGAAAAGUAUAGAGAUAGAGAAAUUACUUUUGCCUUAAACUCUAUAAUUUCUGUAAAUUUCACGUUUUUGUAUAUCUAUGACACAGUACUUAUACUGUUUUGAUAAUUGUAACUCAAAAACUACCUAAUGAAAUGUAUGUACAAUCAUUAUAUUUUCAUAUUCAUAUUCCUGUUUAAUUUAGCAUUAAGAUCUUACAGCUUCUGUCUCGUGAAAGAAGUGAAACUGAAAUAUAGUCUUUCAUAUCUCCAAUUUUUAUACAGUUUUUUUUUGUAUACAUAAUGCUGUGAGACUUGCUUCAGUCCAGAACAUUGAGAACUAUUCAUAUAUAUAUAUAUAUUGUCGUUUUCAUUGUACAUGAAAUUAUGAUUAUUGCUGUUUAUUUUAAGGGCAUUUAGAAAAUUAUAAUUAUAGCUUUUCAGGUUUUUUUUACCAGAUUAGAGAGUGAAAAGGUCACAAAACACUUAUUUGUUUACUAAGAAAUGCUAAUUAAAUAUUACUUGUUAA